UAUCUUAACCAAUACACAAAUAUGUGUAGACACUAACACUAUCUAUCACAUAGGGCAGAGUGUGCAAGGUUUGUCCGUUUAGGUUGCAUGAAGUGUUCCACUUCAACAACACCACGUGUACAUCAUUAGCUUCCACCUAUAGACACAUCCCCAUUCUCCCAACUUCAAUAUUUUCACUCUCUCUUUAUCAAAAUCCUCACAGAGAGAGAAGCACUGAAUAAUUAACCAUACUAUGGCCGGUGCCCAAUUCCUCACUCUUCUUCACUCAUCUUCAAGAUCUUCUUUGCUCAAACCCUCUAGACCAUUCUUCUACAACUCCAUCAAGAAUUAUGGACAAGAAGUGAAGGAAAAAGAGAGUCAUUUGAUAAAAGAGAGAGCACCAUCUACAGCUGAAGAAUUUCAGAGAGUGGCAGAGGAGAAAUCCAAUGGAACACAAAAAGAAGUGAAAAGUCAAACAGCUGAUAAAGCAAUUGAUGCUGCUCAAGAAGCUACUAAGGGUAAUUCAAGGAUUGAAAAUGUUAAGAACAAGUACAAGGAGCAUUGAUCUUAGGAUUCAGAGAUUGUUGUUUUGUAAGUUAGAAUAAGGGAUAUGUCUUAUGCUUUUCCAAAAAGUUUGUGUAAUUGCUAGUUUUUUUGCAACAGAAAGAGAACUAAAACAGUUGAAUUUCUUUGCAAGUAUUAUGAAUUUAUGAGUUUAAUGGUUCAUAUGUGUGAAAUAAUCAGAAUUUCUUGGUUUGUAUUGUUGAACUUAAUCUCCAUUUUUUUUAUAUUGA